AUGGGCUUCGGUGACUUCGAUUCGAUCUGCCGAAAGGCUGCACUGCCGCUAUGCUCUCUCGUCGGCCCGCCGUCCGCGAUAUCAGGCGAAACCGGCGUGAUCCCGAACUGCUACGCACGCAAUGUCGAACUCGCCAAUACGAUCAUCUUUGAGGGCGCCGCCUCGUUUGUCCACAUCAUUGCGCUUGGAAUGACGGUGAUUAUGAUUCUGCACAUCCGGUCCAAAUUCACCGCUGUGGGCCGAAAGGAAAUCAUCACAUUCUUCUACAUCUUCAUGGCGCUUACUAUGUGUUCACUGGUCAUCGACGCAGGCGUGGUCCCUCCACGAAGCGGCCCCUUCCCCUGGUUCGUCGCCGUGCAAAACGGCCUGGCCUCGGCACUAUGUACAAGCCUGCUCGUCAACGGGUUCGUCGGGUUCCAGCUCUACGAAGAUGGGACUGCUCUCUCCGUGUGGCUCCUCCGGCUGACGUCAACCGUUAUGUUUGCCGUGUCUUUCCUCGUCUCGAUUCUCACCUUCAAGUCAUGGGGCGGUCUGAGCCCGACAAAUACCAUCGGCAUGUUUGCGGUCCUGUACAUCGUCAACGCGAUCUGCAUCGCAGUCUACCUCGUCAUGCAGCUCCUCCUCGUGCUCAACACGCUGGAGGACCGAUGGCCCCUCGGCCACAUCGCCUUUGGCCUUCUGGUCUUCAUCGCCGGUCAGGUCAUCCUGUACGCCUUUGGCGAUACGAUCUGCGACAACGUCCAGCACUACCUUGACGGUCUGUUCUUUGCUACAUUCUGUAACCUGCUUGCCGUCAUGAUGGUCUACAAGUUUUGGGAUUACAUCACCAAGGAGGAUCUGGAGUUCUCGGUAGGAAUUAAACCGAGCAGCUGGGAGGUCAAGGAGCUUCUUCCUGAAGAUGACCGACGCGCAACGGCGUAUCAAGAUACGAACUCGGAAUACGCCGGGAGCGUGUAUCACCACCGGGCGUCCACCUACAACGGGCAUGGAUAUUAA